AUGUUAGCCACGCUCAAUGGUAUAGAUGAUGACACCAUUAUCCAAGCGCUCUGUGAACUAUGCUCACCCAUACAUUACGUCCGCUCUUCUGGUCAAUGCCAACAGGCCACCCUGCCUGCAGUCCUUCACACCCUAGAGUUCCCUCGGCGUCAAAUCUUGGUUAAUACCUUGCUCAAUAGUGGCUGCACCGGCUCGUGCAUCGACAAGGACUUCGUCCAGCAGAACGGCAUUCGCACACGCAAGACCGCCUUACCUAUUCCGGUCUACAAUGCAAAUGGCAGCGCCAACGCCAACGGCAGCAUCACGGAGUUUGUCGACAUUGCCAUGUCUAUCGGUGACUACUGGGAACAGAUUGCCCUCACAGUAGCCAAGCUAGGCCCUUCACCACUCUCAAAAUAG